AUGGAGGAUGAGGAGAUGAGUAUGGAUGAUCGACCGAGUCCGAAAUAUGAAAAUGUCGAAGAAGGAGGGGCGAAUAAUGAAACGCCUCUAAAAUCGAUAAAAUCCUGCUCUUCUUCCUCUUCAUCGUCUUCGCUGGAAGCAACGGCUUUCAUUGGAACAACAUCAAAAGAGACAUCAACUACAAACAGUCCCAUCACUUUGAGAAGUCGCUACACAUUACGUCGUCGCCGCUCGAUCCAGCAAAAAGACGAAGAAGGAUCGUGCGCGAGCACGCUUGCCGCUACAGCUGAUGAGCAAUCUUCUCUGCAACCGACAUGCAAGCGCUUCAAAGCCGAUUCACCAGGCGAGGCUCGGAAAAGCUCUCACACACCAGAGGGUUUCCUCGAUCCGCCUGAGGACGGGAAAUGUUAUAUUGAGACGCUGCCCGAAGAGCUUUUGACUAAAGUUUCCUCUUACCUUUAUGAGUACGAUUUGGCGAAUUUGGGAGCGGUUUCGCGGCGUUACUAUCGUGUCGCCAAUGACAUCAAUACUUGGAAAAACCUCUACCAAGAGGCCUUCGAGUAUCCGACUCCCCUCUAUCAUCCUUGUCACGGGAAAUUCGAGUUCCGCGAACCAGCCCGGUGGAAAGAGCACAACGCGUGGAAAGAGAGUUUCAAACAAUUGCGUUACGGAAUCCACGUGCGACCGCAUUGUGCAAAGAUCUACACCGGGCAAUCCGGCCGAAAAAUGCUCCACUUCGAGACGAUUGACACGGCUUUACAACACGUUCGUGCUGAGCCGAGUCAAGAGAAAUUGAUUUUCAUUCACCAGGGCACAUAUCAUCCACAAUCGAUCGCCAUCAACUCGUCAAUUCAAAUGAUCGGAGCCGCUCCGGCGCAUCCAGUGCAACGCCGCGUUUUCAUCGAGAACAGCAAUGAAACGACUCUCUCGUUGGGCGACGGAUCGACUGAUGCAUAUGUUGGAUACAUGACGAUUAAAUUCAACCCAGACAACAACUCGCAAGCUGUGCAGGGAGUACCCAUUGGUCAUCCUCAUUACUAUGCACUACAGAUAACCGACGAGUCAAGCCCGACAAUCGAUCGCUGUAUCAUCAACUCGACGAGCACUGUCGGGGCGGCGGUUUGCGUGAAACGAGCGGGCGCCAAUCCAAAAGUGCGGCAUUGUUCGAUUUGCGAUUGUGAUAACGUGGGCGUUUACAUCACCGAGUAUGCACAGGGAACGUUUGAGGAAUGCGAGAUUGCGCGAAAUCAACUGGCGGGUGUUUGGGUGAAAAAUUACGCGAAUCCUUUCUUCCGAAAGUGCAAUAUUCACGACGGGAAAGAUGUUGGGAUCUUUAUUUUUGAAUUCGGUCAAGGAUACUUCGAAAAAUGCAACAUUCACGCGAAUCGAAUAAGCGGAAUUGAGGUGAAAAACCACGCAAAUCCGACGGUAGUCCGUUGUGAGGUUCACCAUGGAUUAACUGGCGGAAUCUAUGUUCACGAGAAAGGAAGAGGUCAAUUCAUGGAGAACAAGAUCUAUCAAAAUGCGUUCGCCGGCAUUUGGAUCACCUCACAUUCGGAUCCGACGAUUCGGAAGAAUGAGAUUUACAGUGGACAUCAAGGUGGAGUGUACAUCUUUUCGGAGGGUCGAGGGCUGAUCGAGCACAAUAAUAUCUACGGCAAUGCGCUGGCCGGGAUUCAAAUCCGAACGGGCAGCGAUCCGAUCGUUCGUCUCAACAAAAUUCAUGAUGGUCUUCACGGGGGGAUUUAUGUGCAUGAAAAGGGCAAGGGUGUCAUCGAGGAUAAUGAGGUUUACGGGAACACCCUGGCCGGCAUCUGGGUGACAACGGGAAGCAGUCCGGUUUUACGCAAAAAUCGGAUACACUCGGGAAAACAGGUUGGCGUUUAUUUCUACGACAACGGGCAUGGACUCCUUGAAGAGAACGAUAUCUUCAAUCACUCGUAUUCGGGAGUGCAAAUUCGAACGGGUUCCAAUCCAAAAAUCACACGAAACAAGAUUUGGGGAGGACAAAACGGCGGUGUGCUCGUGUACAACGGCGGUUUAGGAGUCCUAGAAGAUAAUGAGAUUUUCGAUAACGCGAUGGCCGGCGUCUGGAUCAAGACCGAUUCGCAUCCGAUUUUACGACGAAAUAAAAUCUACGAUGGUCGCGACGGUGGUGUCUGCAUUUUCAACAAAGGUCGAGGACUUUUGGAGGAUAAUGAUAUCUAUCGAAACGCGCAAGCCGGUGUGCUCAUCUCGACGGAAAGCAAUCCAACUUUAAGAAGGAAUCGAGUAUUCGAGGGUCGAGCCGCUGGCGUUGAGAUCACCAACGGAGCCACAGCAACUCUCGAAGGGAAUCAACUUUUCCACAACAAGUUCGGCGGUCUCUGUCUGGCGACCGAUGUGCGCCCGAUUCUCCGCGAUAAUAAAGUCUACGAAAAUCAGAACGCUGUCGAGAAAGCAGUUUCCCGUGGUCAAUGUCUCUUCAAAAUCUCCAGCUGCACCUCAUUUCCAAUGCACGAUUUUUAUCGAUGCAUCUCGUGCAACACAACCGAGCGAAACGCAAUUUGCAUCAAUUGUAUCCACAGCUGUCACCAGGGGCAUUUAGUCGAAUUUGUCAGACAUGAUCGUUUCUUUUGCGAUUGCGGAGCCGGCACCCUUGAGAGAACGUGUCGACUUCAGACCGAGGUUCGCGACAACGACACCGUUUACGAUUCGGCUACGCCGACCGAAACGGAUACACAA